AUGCACAAUACUGAAGAAACAAGUGAUCGAGCCAGCAUUGACAAUGAUGGUACAAGUCUGUUCAAGUCAAACGAGAAAGCAAGGAAAUCGCAAACAGGAUAUGAAUGGAGGAACGGUGCAUCCAUUUGCCUACAUGCUGCUGCAGCGAUCCUAUUUUUAAAUAUCCUUCUCACUAUUAUUGCCGCGUCGCGAGCCCAACAAUCUUCUCAGUCUUUUGAAGCAGAAACAAUCUUCGAGGGGAGUUGUGCAAAGGCUAAACGCUGGUCCACAGGAUUCCAUAUCCUGAUCAAUGUACUUGGUACCAUUCUUCUUGGUGCGAGUAAUUACUGCAUGCAAUGCUUGAAUGCGCCCUCGCGUAAGGAUGUCGACCGCGCUCAUGCCCACGGCAAGUGGUUGGAUAUAGGCACUCCGAGCGUUACGAAUUUGAGGGUCAUGAGUUGGGUGCAAAUCAUCAUCUGGUUUCUACUUGUUCUGACUUCUCUACCGUUUCAUGUUCUCUACAACGCGGCUGUUUUCUCUGCACUGUCUUCAAAUGCCUAUGGCGUAGUUGCGGUCCCCCCAGAUGGGCGUAUCGGAUCGGCGAACUCAACCACUGGAGCCUGCUACAAGGACCUGAUGGGAAAAGACGUUGGACAGGUUCAGAUGAUGUACCAGGAAAAAGAACUCGAGUUCUUAAGCAAAGAAGACUGCAUCAAGACCUAUGGAGUAGCAUUUCUGUCCAAUCGACGAACCCUUCUUCUCGUGACUAACAACAAUUCAGUCAGCUCACCAGGUUUACUUGUUGGUAUUGGCAGCCUUCCUGCCCCGGUAAACGAUAAUCAAAACCCGUUUGAUUGGAUGUGCAGUGGACCCAGGAGUGACUUGCAUGGUGACUUCGGUUCAGGGACGACGCAGUGUCUUCAAUCUGCUCUUCUCAAACAUGCCAAUGACUGGUCAGUAAGCGCCGAGCCCUUCAGCUACAGCGAUAUUGUCGUCACUGGGACCGACUUUGCGUUUACCGGAUGGAACUAUACCGAGCUGCAAUAUUCAUCUUCACCACCCCUGGAUAUCAUGGCUCUGGGAGCAUUUCUGAGAUUGAAGGCUCCUUUCAAUACCGUCAAUGAUACUUUGGAAUUCAUACAGAGUCAGAGCUGGGAUAACCCAUCGUUUGAGUCCCAGCUCAAUGUGUACAUGUCUGACUCUCUCUGUGCGACUUACAGUCGCACCCUGCCAGUCUUAUCCCCACAGUAUUAUUCGGUAGACUACUGCUUAAGUGAGAAGGUAGAGGAGCGCUGCCGAGUCAUGUACAGUCCAGCGAUUUGUCUACUGGUGAUCGUGUGCAACGCUAUCAAGGUAGUCUGCAUUCUAUUCACUAUCCGACUGCGCCGCAAGGAACUGUUAUUCACUGUUGGCGAUGCCAUCGCAUCAUUCAUGGAAUAUCCCGAUCGAACCACACUUGGCAGAUGCUGGGUAGAGCGAAAAAAGGCAAAGUCCGUAUUUGCAAAGCCCCGCCCCGUGGCAUCUAGAAUGCUACCUCCCCGGCGACGAUGGCAUCACGCAGUGGGCCGAACACGCUGGAUACUAUCCGUCACCUGGUGUCUUGUAUGCCUCACAUUCGGAGGAGCCAUCGUCACAGCCAUUGCAUACAACAGUGUUGUAAACUACCUACCCAACGCCAGGAUCUCCACAGUCUGGAGCCUCGGCUUCUCCGAAGCACGUCCGGAGACAAUGCUCCGCUCCUUGGCCACAUACAACCUCAUCGCCAUGGUCCUUCUCUCUAAUACCCCGCAAGUCAUCCUCUCAUCCCUCUAUUACCUAAUCAACAGCAUCCUAACCUGCAUGCUCGCAAGCGCGGAGUACACCAGCUACUCGGUGCGUCGACAAUAUCUCCGAGUAUCCUGGCCGGAGGGCCAACAACGCUCCACGUAUUUCCUCAGUCUGCCAUAUGCAUUCAGCAUCCCCACCAUGGCAAUCUCAGCUAUACUGCACUGGCUCCUGUCAGAAAGCAUAUUCUACGUUCGAAUCUAUCAAUACGACGCAGCAGGGACUCUAGAUGAAACCAGUACAAUAUCCACCUGCGGUAUAUCGCCCAUCGCAAUGAUAUUCACUCUUUCCCUCGCAGGCUUGGCGCUGGUUAUACUAGCGGGGCUAGCGUUCAAACGGUUCCCGACUAAAAUGCCUCUUGCCGGAAACUGUAGUCUGGCGAUCAGCGCUGCCUGUCAUCCUCCGUUGGGUGAUGAAGAUGCAGCCCUGAAGCCGUUGAUGUGGGGGGAGGUUGUCAUCUCUGGCGCUUCAGGGAAGCAAGGAAAGGUCGUACCUGGGGAAGAGUCAAGAGAGGAGCCGGGCGAAGAAGGAAGGCUUGAAGAGGAAGUGUUUAGGGAUAGUGUGGAGCUGGAAGAAAGAAGCUUAUUACCGCACGUGGAGGGGGUAUCUAUAUUCCAUUGCUGUUUUACGUCGAGGGAAGUUGAAGAGCCGGUUUCUACAAGGUUAUAUAUAUGA